UUCCCUGUCACGUGACGUGUUACUUCGGUCACGGUUUUUCAAGUGCCAAAAGUGCACCGAAAGCGCUGUUGAAAAAGAACAGACCUGCAAUUUGGCGGGAUUUGGCCGGAGCCACAGAGCGGAAACUGAAAACAGAAGUUCCGGACCGUUUUCAAGGAUUUGAAUCAGCUCGUUCCUCGGAUCGGUUUGCGGGAAUUUUCUUCCGGUACGAGAGGUUAUACGUACGCGGGUGACAUAUCAACAAGACUUUUCGAUUCUUGAACAAUUUGCGUAUACGAAAGUUUUUCAAGAAUUAAGGCCCGGCUUUGUAGAUUCGUUGAUUUAACAAUUGCCGAGAUAUAAUGACAAAACCAGGCCGGAAAAAGUGAAUCUAUCGAGAUUUGGAUGAUUCUCGUCAACCUGACAACGGCCGCGUUCAGCAGAACUCAGCGCUUAGUAAGCGCUUUACGCUUAUUGCUUGUCAUUGGAAUAUACUUUCAUAUUUGCAGCGGAUUUACAAGAAGAGACCAAUCACAGACAAUAAGCGUAAAGCGCUUACUAAGCGCUGAGUUCUGCUGAACGCGGCCAACGAAUUUGUGUUUAUGAGCAAAUCAUCAGAAUGGGCGAUGAUGAGAGGAAGGAAGCGUGCGCGGAAUUUAUCAAACGUUUCAAGUUAAACCCAAACAGAUUUCGUGAUUUUAACGUAUCCGUUGCCAUUUUACAAGAAGAAGCUGCUACAAGAGGAUUGGAUGAUGAUCUUCUUCAGAAGCUGUCGGAUCUCAUUUUACAUACAGACUUAAGUGCAACCAAAGCGACAGUGUUGAUGAAAUGUCUCAUUCCAAGAUACAAGGUACCUAAAGAAAUAGCAAAGUCUAUGAUUAUUUGGUGUGUAUCAACUGAUCUAUCAGUUACUGUUUCUACACUCAUUGUACAAUGGAUCAUAGGCUUGUGGGAUUAUGAAUUAGCGGAUAGAAGAUUAAUCAGCAUAUAUUAUGAUGUUUUUUUCUACAUGAUGCUCAAGAAGGAAAAACUGGAACGUCAUCUAGCACGUCUCGUCUAUGUGUCAACAAGACCAGAAGAUGUUACUCGACGAGAUGUCUUAAGAUUACUGAAUCUUCAGAAGAAGUAUUCUAAGCCUCGCGCACAUAUCACUGCAUUACUUUUCUUAUUUAAGUCGUACAAACCGGAAUUAGUGCCGGAAAAAAUAAACUCCGUGAAUAUAGAAAGUGUGUGGAAACCUAUACCUGAGAAUAUGCGAGUAGCGUUAGAGGAUGCCAGGGAUCGCGCAGAAAUUCAACAGUCUCAAAGCGUUCAAACUUAUUUUAAUUGGAACGUAGCGCAGAAAACCAAGAAAAAAAAAUUGGAGCUUCUGCCUUCUGUGGGAUAUUUUCAUAUUGGUUCGAGUAUUUUUAAAAGCGAAAACGCAAAGUUGAUUUUUGAUAUAAACAGCAUAGAAGACUUAGGAAAGUAUCAUCAAAAUGUUGAAUUACCUUGUAAAGCUAUUUCACUUUUGACAAACAUGGCCGGAUAUCAUCUUCUUACCUAUGCUGAUAUUCAGUAUCAAAGUAGAUUUUCAUAUAAUCUCUACAAUACACUGAUAAGAGCAUUUAUAUUGGAGAGAGAAAAGUUCUCUGAGGAACAAAUGGAUCAAUUUCUUGCCAUGACGGUCGAAUUCUCUCGAUAUAUGCAAGAGGGAGUUCUCGUUACCAAAUUGUUCUUCGACGAAUUUCUGUAUUACAAUACAGGAGAACAUCUUCAGAAGAUGCUGCACUUGUUAGAAUGGAUGACUUCUAUAACAGUAACUGAGUUACGAGAAAAUAUUCUGAUACAUGUACGAAAUAUAUUUUUUGAAUCGACUUUAGCUAUGAAAUGUGAAAUAAUUAAAUCUUUGGGGAAACUGAUUACAAACUUGUUUGUUAGACAAGGACUUGAAGAAUCGUUCACAAACGUAUCAUGUUUUUUACAUCAAAAGCCAUUAGAAAAUUUAUCCGAAAUAGUAUCUGUGAUUACAAUGAUAUCGGAAAAUCUUAUUGUACACGGACUGAACAUACAUAAAUAUGAUGUUGUGUUAUUGUCGGAAAGUUUAACUUUCUAUGAAGAGAUCUGCACGUUAGAAAGCCGUAGUCACAUUGUAUCUUGGACACUGGCACCUCCAGCGGUUAUCUACGGAGCAUUUGUUACAAAAAGCUGUGCCAUUUUGUCAAGAGUUUGUACGUUGUUGUUGAGAUAUCGCGAAAUGAGUUCACAUUUUCGUCAAAUUCUGCCAGCAAACAUAUACAAAGAAAAAGUUCACAUUAUAUCUAUUUAUGCGCUUGAUAUUUAUAAAGCAUUGUGGCAGGACGAGCCUUUUAGUAACAGAAAAGACGGUUACUUUUUGAGAAAUGUCUCGGAAAAAGUUAUUCGCGAUCUAGACGAUUGCGAUCUAGAUUCUUCACUGAGUAUCAGUAACCAUUAUGCAGUAUUACCUUACAAGUACACAAUAAACACCACGGGCUUAAGCAUAAGUACAAAGCAAGCUGCUAUGAGUAUGGCUUUGUAUUAUUAUCCCGCAAUAAAUAAAUUUAUUAGUGCGUUUGACGCAAAAUAACAUAUUUGAAAUUGUUGUAAGAGAGGAAGAAUUCAUUGUUUACUUUCUCUAAUCUACAGUUUGUAUAUAAAAUUGCAGUAACCAGGACUACUGUAUUAGAGUAAAUAAUGUGAGAUACAGAAAAAGAUAAGUUAUUAAGAUUUUUGUAAAAAAACAAUUUAAAAAAAUUUACAAAACGAUUUUAUUUUUAUUAUAAACAAAUAAAACUAAAAAUCGGUGCAAUGGGUUCUGUUUCCUUUAUUAUCUUUUAUGUAACUAUUUAUUUCUUGAAGGCAAACAAUUCACACAAGUUCUCCUCGAGUGAUAUAUUUAAACAAAAACUUUAUAUGUAAAGAAAAUUAUAUAAAACAUAUGCAC